AUGAGGGUCACACGAUGCCUGUUCAACAGCAGGACGGCGCUGCAUAGGGUCUUCGUCUCGCCCUAUGAAAAGGUGGAGGUGCUGUCACGACGAAGCGCUCUUUCGAUAUGUUCCGCUAGAGUCCUCCCACCCGUCCUUGCACCGAUACCUAAUCUUACACGCCACGCAUCUCUUGUAAGCCGAUUCAAGAAGCGCAACGUAAGCCCAGCCGCCUCAAAUCAAAAGAAAGGGCCCCCUGCGGACGAGGAAAUUCGCGACCGCAUGAUCAUGGUCGUCGACGAGAACAACAAGCUGGAGGGUCCCUAUGAGACAAAGAAAGUUCUUGCAUCGCUAGAUCCCGAAGCGCAAUCGUUACGUAUGGUUUCUCGCCCACCUCCUAACCCUACCGAGGACCAACCCCGGUUCGCCAUUUGCAAGAUCAUCAACAAGCGCGAGGAAAAGGCAAAGGAACGUGCGUUAGAGAAGGUCAAGAAAGAGGCUGCGCGGAAGCUUUCGAAGGUCAAGGAGCUCGAGCUCAAUUGGGCGAUUGCGCCGCAUGAUCUAAGCCAUAAGAUGAAGCAGAUGAAGACCUUCUUGGAGAAGGGCUAUAAGGUCGAGGUUCUCUUCGCCAAAAAGAAGGGUAGCCGUAUUGCUACAAGGGACGAAGCUGAAGCGCUUGUCCAGUCUGUUAGGGAGUCUAUGGCUGAGAUCCAAGGGGCCAAGGAGUGGAAGGAACCGGACGGUGCGCCCCUCAAGGUUAUGAAGCUGUACUUGAAUGCGCCUUCAAACGCAUCCUAG